CGGUGGGUGCAGCCGAGAUGGCAGCAGUAGAAGAGAGUAGUAUGAAAGAGUUGCGGGAGGAGAAUGCACGCCUUCAGGCAGAACUGUCCUCUGUCCAGGCCUCCUUCACCCAGUCCAAGGUCCAACUCCGUACCCGUAUCCAAGCCAUUGUCGACGACUACAAAGAGUCCAAAGCCAAAGCUGAGGCUCUUCGCUCUGCCAAUGAAGCCCUCUUGCUCCAACUGGAAGAGCGGGAUGAAGCGAGGUUCUCCACCAUCCCCGUGCAGAACGAGGAACAUCUGCAACUGAUGCGGACGCUGGUGUCGACGCAACGAGUGGUGGUGCUGGAAAAGGUGGCGGCCAAGCUGGCGAUCACCCGCAAGACGAGCUCGCUGGAGGAAGCCAAGGCCAAAGUUGCCGAACUAGAGGCCGAGGUGGAGGCUAAUGUGGCAGAAAAGACGACGCUGGUGGACACGGCGCUGCAGCUCGAGGCUGAUGCCGAGGCGUUGCGAGACUCGUACGCGGCGGCGGCGGCAUCUGUGGAGAACGCCAAGAUGUGGGAGCGGCAGAACAAGCAUGUGCAGACAGCGCUCGAGGCGACGCAGACACGGGUAGUCGAGCUCAAGGCGUCGCGCAACGCGACUCAGACGGCGAUUGCCGAGCUUGCCGAGCAGCGCGAGGCGGCAUCGACAAGGUACGCCGAGCUGAUGGCAACCAAGUCGUCGCUUGUGCAGCAGGUGCGUGCGCUGACCGAAGCAAACCGAGCGUCGGCGGCGUGGCACCGUCAGAAUGACAUGCUGCGGAGCCACAAGGCGUGGCUGGAGCGUGGGUUGGCCCAGGUGGAGGCGUUUGUGGCCGACGCCGAGGUCGCGACGCCCGCGGCUGGUGGCGGUGUGCCUCUCCGGCGCGGUGACGCCGAAGCCGCCGUCCUCACCGAGCAGGAUGCGGCGCUGCAGGCCGGCAUCACAGAGCUUCGGGCGGAGGUGGCGUCGGUCAAGGCCGAGACCGAGCGGCUUCUGAGCCAGGACUACCAGCACCUCACGGUGACGCCCGAGGACGUGCUCUCGAUUGUGCAGGCGCGGCUGACGAUUGCACGGCUGGAGGCGUCGGCCGAUGUGGCGGCGCAGCGGCUGGCCAAGCUGCGGGCUAAGGUGGCGGCGUUGGAGCCGGACCUAGAGGCGCUCGUCCCGCGAGCGAGCGGAGUCCAGGCGGCGCUCGCCCGCACUCACCAGCUCCUGGAGUCGCACGCAGAGCUGCUGGUGAGCCGGCGCAAGCUGCUGGCUGCGCGCGAGGACGCGCUCGCCAGACUCCGCGAGUACGGGCCCGAUCUGGAGGUGGAAUCGCUCGGUGCCGGCGACAAGGCAUCGGACGGCGGCGUUGUCAGCUGGCCGACCGAUGGCCGUAAGACCGUGAGGCUUGUGGAGGUGCCCGAGGUGGAGCCGCAGCUCUCGCCGCUACCGCUGGCAGAGGUGCAGCGAGAGCGGGCCGAGGCAGCGGUGGCCAACGCCGCCAACGAGACUGGCUUGGUGGACGCCAUGGAAGCGCGGAUCAAGUCGGAGAUCAUGUUGCUGAUGGUGGAGCGCGAGCAGGGGCGAGCACGGCUGACGAUGUCGCUCCUGCGUAGCGAGGACGGUACAGGCGGCGCCGGCUUUUCGUCGGCUGCCAUGCUUGCCACGCUCCUCGCGGAGCACACGACGGUGGCCGACUCGCCGUUUAUCAAGUUUAUGCCGGACACGCUGACGUCGCCCGAGCCCAAGAUCAAGGCCGCCACGUUGCCGCACCUGGUGCAGCACCUGACGUUUCCAACGUAUCCGGCCACCGAGUUUGUGCACGAGUUUCUCCUCACCUACCGGUCUGUGGCCGAGCCCGAAGACGUCAUGUCGCUCAUUCUGGAGCGGUUCUGCAUCUCGUGCCCGGUCAAGCUCGAGCCCGAGCACGAGGCCGAGUUCCAGGCCAAGGUUGUGCGGCCGAUCCGGCUCCGGGUCAUCAACUUUCUCCGCAUUUGGGUCUCUACGUACGUGCAGGACUUUGCCGAGGCGCCUGUCGCCGGACAGCUGCUCCGCGGCUUUAUGGAGUCAAUUCUCAAGGUUCACGUUCCGUCGCAGCACAAGCUCUUCCUCUCGGUCCUUCGCAAAUUCAAGUCGUCGAGCAAGAAGCAGCGGCGGCUGGCCUCGCUCAACGUGGUGGCGACGCUGCCGAAGCUGACUAAGCGGUCGGGCGUGGUCAAGUCGUUUGAUAAGGCCGACGUCCGCAAGCUCGCGGCGUGCAUCAACUCGUACGAGUUUGGCGUCUUUGAGGCCAUCCAGCCGCGCGAGUGCUUUGGCUUGGCAUGGUCCAAGGACGGCCGCGAGCAGUCAUCGCCCAACGUCCUCGCCCUCGUCCAGCGGUUCAACAAGAUGUCGACGUGGGUGGCGGCGACCAUCCUGGAAGCCGGCGACGGCGAAAAGUCAGCGUCCAAGGCCGCAUCGGCCCGCGCGCGCGCCAUCAAGAAGAUGGUCAACCUCGCACACGAGCUGUACGAGCGACACAACUUUAACGCCACCAUGGGCAUUCUCGCCGGCCUCUCCUCCAACGCCAUCUACCGGCUGCAGGUCACAUGGGCCAAGGUCGACAACAAGACCCACAACAAGCGCGAGGGCCUUGUCGACGUCUUCUCGUCAGCAAAGUCGUGGAAGGCGCUCCGCGAGCGGAUCCACGCCGUCAACCCGCCGGUCAUCCCCUACCUCGGCAUGUACCUCACCGACCUGACAUUUACCGAGGACGGCAACCCGUCAACCAUCGACGGCCUCAUCAACUUUACAAAGUGUCGCCGCUACGCCGCCAUCCUCCGCGAGAUCCAGCGGUACCAAGACAUCGGCUACGACGACGUCGUCGUCGAGAUGUCACACCACAUGUGGCUGCAGAAGGACAUCGAGCGCGCCGUCCAGACCUACCCGGACGCUGACGAGGAGCUGUACCAAAAGUCGCUCAAGGUCGAGCCGCGGACCUGACGAUAAAGCCUGCCAGCAGCGCACA